AUGGCAAAAAUACUGUUACAAAAACUAUGGCUCGAAAAGGUGAACUGGGAUCAGAACGUAAGUGAAACAUUACAUGAAGAAUGGAAUCAGAUAAGAUCGGAUUUUGUAAAUGUGAACGAUGUACAAGUGGACAGAUGGCUUGGUACAACUAAUAUAAACAAAACUCAUAGACAACUACAUGGAUUCAGUGACGCUUCGACACGAGCUUACGCAGCAGUAGUAUACAUAAGAACUGAAACAAAUGGCAAGGUUGAAAUAAAACUCAUUGCUGCUAAAACAAGGGUUGCACCACUAAAAACUAUAUCCUUACCAAGACUAGAAUUGUGUGGGGCAUUAUUACUUUCCAAGCUUAUGAAACAUAUUAGUCUAGCAAUGCAAAUUCCACCUUCAGAUAUGUAUGCAUGGACGGAUUCAUCUAUAGUUAUAGCAUGGCUAUACGGUGAUCCCAAUCGAUGGAAAACAUUUGUUGCCAACCGCGUCGUCGAAAUUGUAGAAAACUUAAACUACAAACGCUGGUAUCAUGUAAAAUCAAGCGAUAAUCCUGCAGACUUGGCCUCUCGAGGAAUGUUGCUGUCCGAACUAACGAAAUGUGGCUUGUGGUGGAGAGGACCACGUUGGUUAUCUGAAAAGGAAAUAAAAUUUAGUAAACAGGAAGUUAUUAAAACACAAUUAGAAAUGAAAAAACAGAAGAUUAUUACUCACCUCAGCACAGAAGAUCAGGAUAAAUCUAUAACUACACAAUUUGAGAAGUUUAAUGACUUACCAGAAUUACUUAAAGUUGUAUGUUACUGCAGAAGAUUUUUAAACUACAAAGAUAAUAAGAACAUAAAUAAACAAAUAACGACACAAGAAUUAGAAGAUGCUUUGACAAUUUGUAUAAAAAGAGUUCAAGAACUAGAAUACACUGAAGAAAUUGAAAGAUUAAAAUUAAACAAACAAGUAAAAAGAAGAAGUCCGUUGCGAUCCCUCAACCCUUAUCUUGAUGAUAAACAUAUCCUCAGGGUGGGCGGUCGCCUCAGACACGCAAACUUACCUGAUGAAAGAAAACAUCCAAUCAUUCUCGGAAAUAAAAACACAUUGUCGCGUCUGAUUAUAGCCGACGCACACCUUAAGACAAUUCACGGAGGAAUUCAACUGAUGUUAUGUUAUCUUCGUUCAAAAUAUUGGAUUUUAAAGGCAAAAUCAAUAGCUAAGAAACAUAUACACAAGUGCUUGAUUUGCGCAAGACUUAAUGCUACCGCCAGAGCUCAAAUUAUGGGAGACUUACCAAAUGAGAGAGUAACUCCAUCCAGACCAUUCUUGAAUAGUGGCGUGGACUUCGCAGGGCCCUUUCAGAUUUUAUUAUCUAAGGGUAGAGGAAAUAAAACAACAAAGGCCUACGUUUCGAUUUUCAUUUGUAUGUCUACAAAGGCAAUUCAUAUUGAGCUUGUAAGUGAUCUUACUUCAGAAGCGUUUAUCGGUGCUUAUAGACGGUUUGUUGCCAGGAGAGGCAAAUGUAGCCACCUGUGGAGUGAUCAAGGCCGUAACUUCGUCGGAGCUGACAAAGAACUCCGGGAUGCCUGGAAAGAAGCAAGCUUACAGUUCACUGGAGAAAUUGCAGAGACACUAGCCACAGAGGGUACUCAAUGGCAUUUCAUCCCCGCUUACAGUCCCUCUUUCGGUGGAUUAUGGGAGGCUGGUGUAAAAUCUAUAAAAUACCACCUGAAAAGAAUUGUGACAACUCACCUGACUUACGAAGAGAUGACGACGAUACUCUGCCAAGUGGAAGCCUGCUUGAAUUCUCGUCCGCUUUGUCCCUUGAAUGAUUCUGAUCCAGACAACAUUAACCCACUUACUCCGGGACAUUUUUUAGUUGGAGAGGCACCUAUCGUUGUCCCAUCACCGGAUAUGAAAGACAUAAAGAUGUCCAGCUUGUCUCGCUGGCAGCACUCACAGAAACUGGUUCACGACUUCUGGCAGCGAUGGCAAGAUGAAUACUUAUCCAGAUUGCAACAACGUCCCAAGUGGCAUAAAAAGGAAGAUGAAUUUAAGAUCGGAGAUGUCGUCUUGAUAAAAACCGAUAACUUGCCACCUGGAAAAUGGUCCUUGGGACGAAUCGUCGAUAAACAUCCCGGUCCGGAUGGUCUAACGAGGGUGUAUAGUGUCAAAAGUGGUAAUUCUGUAACUAAAAGAACUAUAACAAAGUUAUGUCCAUUGCCUCUCGAUGAAACCUAG